GUCUUUAUCAGUCUAACAUUAUAUAUAAAGUUUAACCAGCAUCCACUAGUAGAGGGUUUAGCUAACACUACGUAGCCAGUCAGCCUGUUUCACAAGGUUGACGGAAGAUGCUGUGCGCUUUUGUUGUGAUUGCGUUGAUCUGAUUGUCUGCAGUCCGAAGACAGAACAUUUGGUUAAUAAAGCGCGUAAUAGUUGGCUUUUAUUAUGGCCAGGUCACAUCUGACCAGGCAUCACUGCGUUUAGUCUGGUCUCUCUGGAUGAGAUGCCAACAGCAGUCACCUUGGUGGAGCAGAAAGUAACGUGACUGGUAGCAGGAUGAGAUCCACUCCACAAACCACAUUUAGGGUUUAGGGUUAGGUUACAAAGUAAACAACAAUAUAAACCAUAGCUCCAGUUUAGAGUUCAGUUUUGCUGCGCCCCUUUGCUUAUGCAGUCCCCUUUGCAUUCAGUCCAGCAGACUACAUCUAUGACUUUGCUCAAGAGCUGUGAGGUCAUGGCAGCUGCCAGCGUGAGCAGACCUGGCGGUGCCCAAACCACUGAAAAGUCUCAGUUGAUCUUGAAAGUGGUUUCAGCGAAGCCCCAGUCUCCCAAGCUGCCAACCCGUCACUCUCGACUCAACUCCUUUGUUGAAGUGACUGCCGACGGCCUGACCAGUGAAACCAAAAAGACAGGCAAACGCAGUGGACACCUCGAGCUGCAGUGGAAUGAAGACCUCACCCUUAAUGUGACACCUCAGAGUCGUCUGGAUCUGAAGCUGUGGAGCUGCCACACCCUGAGGAAGGAGCUACUGGGCAGCGCCACCAUAGACCUGCUGGACACACUCCGCACACACGAUGGCAAGAUGGAGAACGUCCAGCUGAGUCUGGUGCUGCAGACGGAGAACAAAGGCUCGGUUGUAGCAGGAGGCGAGCUCAACGUCUGUCUGGACGGCAUGGUUGUUGAUCUGGGCACGCUGCCCAAUGGCAGCACGGCAGCAGACAAGAUACUGCAGUCAGACAGACCCAACCUGAGGAGGACACAGAGUGAGGAGACUCCCAGUGCAGCUGGACCUAAUAGCAGAAGUAACAGGCACUCAGUGGGGGGUUCGCAGAACGGCUCCCCAGGGUGCACCAGAGGGGUCUCUCUGACUAACGGGGAGCUGAAUGAGGAGCAGAUCUCCGGGCCGGGCUCAUCCGGUCGCCAUCGUUCCUCCAAGAGUCAUGUCAGCCCUGGAAGCAGCGCAGACAAAGUUGAGUUGACGUCUAACGGGCUGGAGAGUAGUCGUGGGGGCGUGGCCCGUCACACACCUCCUCCAUCCUCCCCGUCGGGACGAUCCCCAGCUGCCAGCAGCAGCAGCGGUAGCCCCUCUCCAGGUCAGGACGCCCUGGGUCCGGUCGCGCCGGCGGGGCCCACCCCCAACGCCACCGCCGGCACCGAGCAGGCCGGCAACAGCACCACAGAGCCCACUACAGACUCGCUCCCGGCAGGCUGGGAGCAGAGGGUGUUGCCUCAUGGCAGAGUGUACUAUGUCGACCACAACACCAAAACAACAACCUGGGAGAGACCACUUCCACCAGGCUGGGAGAAGCGAGUGGACCAGCGGGGCAGGUACUACUACGUGGACCACAACACCAGAACCACCACAUGGCAGAGGCCCACGGCCGAGUCUGUGCGCAACUACCAGCAGUGGCAGAGCCAGCGCAGCCAGCUGCAGGGCGCCAUGCACCAGUUCAGCCAGCGGUUCCUCUAUCAGCCGUCCGGUGCUCCGGUGGAAAAUGAUCCUCUGGGCUCGCUGCCUCCUGGAUGGGAGAAACGUCAGGACAAUGGCCGAAUUUACUUUGUCAACCACAACACACGGACGACACAGUGGGACGAUCCUCGGACCCAAGGGAUGAUCAAGGAGCACCCCCUGCCCCCGGGCUGGGAGAUGAAGUACACCGCAGAGGGAGUCCGAUAUUUUGUGGACCACAACUCGCGCAGCACCACCUUUAAAGACCCCCGACCUGGGUUUGAGUCAGGGUCACGGCAAGGCGGUUCACCCGGUGCUUACGACCGCAGCUUCAGGUGGAAGUACCACCAGUUCCGUUUCCUGUGCCAUUCCAAUGCCUUGCCCAGCCAUGUAAAGAUCUCCGUGUCCAGACAGACACUGUUUGAGGACUCGUUCCAGCAGAUCAUGAAUGUGAAGCCAUACGACCUUCGCCGCAGACUCUACAUCAUCAUGAGAGGAGAGGAGGGGCUGGACUACGGCGGCAUCGCCAGGGAAUGGUUCUUCCUGCUGUCGCACGAGGUGCUGAACCCCAUGUACUGUUUGUUUGAGUACGCCGGCAAGAACAACUACUGUCUGCAGAUCAACCCGGCCUCCUCCAUCAACCCCGACCACCUCACGUACUUCCGCUUCAUUGGACGCUUCAUCGCCAUGGCUUUGUACCACGGAAAGUUCAUCGACACCGGCUUCACGCUGCCCUUCUACAAGCGAAUGCUGGACAAGAAACCCACGCUCAAAGACCUGGAGUCCAUAGACCCUGAGUUUUAUAACUCCAUCAUGUGGGUCAAAGAGAACAACUUGGAGGAGUGUGGCGUGGAGCUGUAUUUUGCGCAGGACAUGGAGAUCCUCGGCAAGGUUUCCACUCACCAGCUGAAAGAUGAAGGAGAGAACGAACUGGUCACCGAGGAGAACAAGGAAGAGUACAUCAGCCUGCUGACAGACUGGAGGUUCACUCGGGGAGUGGAGGAGCAGACCAAAGCCUUCCUGGACGGCUUCAACGAAGUGGUCCCUCUGGAGUGGCUUCGCUACUUCGACGAGAAGGAGCUGGAGCUGAUGCUGUGCGGGAUGCAGGAGAUCGACUUGGCCGACUGGCAGAAGAACACCAUCUAUAGACAUUACACCAAGAACAGCAAACAGAUCCACUGGUUCUGGCAGGUGGUGAAAGAGAUGGACAACGAGAAGAGGAUCCGUCUGCUUCAGUUUGUAACAGGAACCUGUCGGCUGCCUGUCGGAGGCUUCGCUGAGCUCAUAGGAAGUAACGGUCCCCAAAAGUUCUGCAUAGACAAGGUGGGGAAGGAGACUUGGCUUCCAAGAAGCCACACAUGCUUCAACCGUCUGGACCUGCCGCCCUACAGAAGCCUGGAGCAGCUCCGAGAGAAACUCCUGUUCGCCAUCGAGGAGACGGAGGGAUUUGGACAGGAGUGACGCAGGAAACGGACACAGGAUCGCUAAAGGAGAACAGAUAAUUCAAUGGGGAUAGUUUUUUUUUUGUUAUUAAUAUUAUAUAAUUUUGCAUUUGUUAAUCACAGGGCUGAGAAAUCAUCUGCCAUCUAUAGUCCCUCACCUGGAGGGGAUCAUGUUUGUGAACUGAAUCAUGGGAUAAAGUUGAGAGCUGGGAGAUGGAGACGAAAGAACAUAGAGGAAGCGUGUGUGUGUGUGUGUGUGUGUGUGUGUGUGUGUGCUUGCUUACUAGUGUGUACGUGUGUGUGUGGUUGCUCACAUUAAUGCCAUUGUGUAUAUGCAUAUAGAUGGUGUGUAUGUCUAUGUGGGUUUGACAGGAUGGCACAUACAGAGAAUUAUAUUUGACUAGAGUCUCACCACCACCACCAACACACACACAUACACACACACUUCUACUCACUGCUUAGAAACGCACCUAAAACAGACAACAGGAUAGUUUUAAUGUCAGCAGCUACUCACAGCAGCACAGCUACCCGCAAAUGCAGUAAAACAUAUCUACCAGAGAGAACUACAUUUUUUAACAUUUUAAAGUGAGGGGAGAGAGAAAGAGAGAGAGAGAGAGAGAGUGAGAGAAAGAGAGGCAGUGUAUGAGUGCAUGUGUGUGUCUGUACCGAGAGACAGAGAGCUGUUAUCAUGGACUAGUGGUUAGAGAGACGAGAUGUGAUUUUAUUUUUUAUUUUUCUGUUACUUGUGAAGUUCAGCAUUUUUCCUUCUGUACAUAACUAAAAUAAAUGAGAUUUCAGUCUUGA